CUGCUGUCUCCUUUGUCCCUCAUGCCAUCUGCUCUCUCUUAUCAUUAUUAUGGACGGAUUUUUUCUCGCCUCUCCUUGUUCUCCCUUUCACCCAGAAUUUACUCCAUAAACAAACCGCAGCCCGUAUUUCACCUCAACUCUCCCGCGUUGUAGAGUUUUACGCUUUGGAAGGCUGCGGAAACAAAUCAGGAUGUUUAACACUCCUGAGUCGGUUUAUUGGGAAAAGAAUAAUCUAAACCACAAGAAAGGAGCUGAAAUGUAGGAGAGCUGAGCUGAAGAUGUGGCGGCGAGCCGGGGAUGAGAACGUGGACUCCGGAGCUGACACAGCGGAGUCUGUCAUCAGCCAAAUGUCAUCAUCUGCCAGUGAGUUCAUAGGUAGACUGGCCCGGCAGCAGCGGCAGCCAUUAUUGCCGAUCCACCUACAUCUGCUCGCCAACCCUGGAGAUUCCUUACUCCUGCAGCAGACAUUGGACCGCCUGCUGCGCUGGCUUUGCCCAAGCCUCCGUAUCUUCCACGUAUCAGAGAGGGCCUCCCCUUUCAGAGUUCCCUCCCGCAUCUGUCCGGUGGCUGGUUACCCCUCUCUGGCCAUCACCUUUUUCCUCCAUGAGGCCUACGGAGAGGAGCGAAUCCUCAAAGUGCUGGACUUCUUCCAGCGGCCCCCCUGGCAGUACCAUCACACUGAGAGCUGUGGCAGCCGAGCCGGAGGGAUCCACAUUUCUUCAAGUAGUUCCCCUUCCAACGCCCUGCUGCGGCCCUACCUCCUGCCGAGCAGAGACUUCUACAGUCUGGGCCUAGGCAUGCCUGUGUGGGGGGUGCGACCUGUGCACUGUGGAGGGGAAAUCCUGCGUAUAACGCUGUACAGCAGCUACGACAACUAUGAGGAUGCUGUGAGGUGUUAUGAGACUGUCCUGCAGCUGCAAGCUGAGGAGCAAAAGGCGGGCUUCUGCUGGUUCACCCUCCAUACAGAGCCUGGGCUGUGCCUUCAGCUGGCCUUAAAGCAGCUUUCUCCAGGGGUUGGAGUGGAAGCAUGCACUUCCGCUGUGCUGCAGUUCAGUGUUGAAGAAAUGGGACAGCUGGUCCCCCUGUUGCCCAACCCCUGCACCCCCAUCAGCUCCACACGCUGGCAGACAGAAGACCUAGAUGGUAACAAGGUUCUCUUCCAAGUGAAGACUCCAGCUCAGCCUCAGCGACCUCUGACCUGCGCUUUUCCCCUCACCUGUUUGCCCCCUCAAGGAGUGCAGCUCCCGAGUAGCGGCCAUGGAAACAGCCUCACAUCUUCCCUUAAUGGACAAACUUACAGGCAAGGAACCAGACCAAGCAGCGAGCCUUUUCUUGAGAAGCUUCUUGGAGGAUGUGGUGGAGCAGAAAGCCUGGGAUCAGGGAGCUGCUGCAGCACCCCUCCUGGAAGCUCUUGUUACUCAUCCCAACGCAGCAGCCCUGCUCAGCUGUCCACCUCCAACCACCCCGACUCCCCCCUGCGCCCCUCCGUCACCCAGUCUCUCUCCCGUCUCCUCCUGGAAGAAGAGGAAGAGGAGACCAACGUCGACACAGGGGCUGCACACUCAGACACAGCAGUCAGAAGCGUCACUCGCUCCUCCUCCACUGACCUCCUAAGGACUCAUCGAUCUGGGAGGCCUGCAGCAGUCAGGCCUUUAUCUGUCGGAGAACUGGCUAAAGAAUUAACUGAGGGUUUGACACAGAGAGGCGUGAACGAUCCGACGCCCUCUGGUGGCUUCAAAGACGCAGAAGUAGUAAACAGUACAACUAAAAAUGGACAAAGUCCAUCACAAAAGCACUUGGCAGAGAAGCGGACGACUGCCACACUCUUAUCAGCACACAGAAACCACGAGGAGCCAGUGGAUGAGUUCUUUAUCUGAACUCCUUCUAUAUAAGCUGGGGUGGUAAAUGCAGGAAAAAUUGGUUCAGCCUGAUAAACGAAGCCUGGGGAGUCUGAAGCCUUUAAAUGACCUGAUUGCUCUGAUAGAAGUUCAGAAAUCAAAGUGAUGUUACUUAUUAAUAGUGCCAUACCAAAACAUUCAUACACCUUCAGAUUCAGUACAUUUCUGCUCAUUACAGGCAGAGACUCGGAUGCCUUUUGUUAGGGAUGGACCUGUAUAAAGUGGGGCAUCAUUGUUAAAUGGAAGACAAAUUCCAAUUGUUUAAGACAAUUUUUUAAAUAAAUUACUCUGACCUGGUAGAGCAGGGGUGCUCAAGUCCGGUCCUCAAGAUCUACUAUCCUGCAACUUUUUGAUGCACCCCAUUUUUAACACACCUGAAUCAAAUGAGUGGCUCGUUACGAUCCCUCUGCUGGGCUAAAUGAGGAGAUUGAGCCUGUCGAUUGAGGUGUGUUAGAGAAGAGAUGCAUCUAAAACUUACAGGAUGGUAGGUCUUAAGGACUGGACUUGAGUACCCCUGUGGUACAGGAAAGCAUUCCCUCAGGAUAAUGCUGCCAUCAUCAUGUUUUACUAUGAAGAUGUUUUGUUAGCUUUCCUCCUAAUAGAGUUUGAUCAGAGCACACUUUUCCAGAAACCUGGUUUUCUCUUUUCUUCCUCCUUUUCCAUUUGUGAAGGGCUCUCUGCAGCUCCUCCAGAUGUUACCAAGGGCCUCAUGGAUGUUUCUGCUAUUAAUGCUUCCCCUGCCUCGUUUGCUGUUGUGCCAUAAUCUCUCCAUAUGAAGAUAAUGAAUUUCUAUGAGGUUCAAAGCUUCAGAAAAUUGUUUUAUCACCAAAUCCUGCCUUUAUUUUUUUGUAGACGUCUGUAGUAGCUCAGAUUUUUCAUUUUUAUUUGUUAAAUGUAUAUUUACAUUUACAGGUAUAAUUUUACUUUUAUUUGAUUAUUAAACCCUACUUUGUGAUUAAGGCAUAACAUCUCCAUAAAAUAGAAUAAUUUAGGCUUGUGGUUGUUGUGCAAACAUGAAUGUUUUUCCAAGGUGCAGAUUUCAGUUUUUAAUUCAUAGUUUUUUAGCUCAACUGUUUUUUUAAUAGAUUUUUUAAAUAUACAGAUCACUCUAAAGUCCAAAUCAUCUGAAGACUUCUUGUAGCUUAGUACUCUUUGUUUUACCUGAGUUGAAUGAUGAAGUGGCUUCCAUAUUUGGCUAAAACAGAACUAUGGUUGCGCUGGAUUUUAAAUCUAUUAGGAAGAAAAACUUAGUGGGUGCAACUUCCUGGUAAGAAUUCAUGUAAAUAAAAAUUGGUAAGUGUAGAUAACCUUAUUUUGUGUUGUACCAGAUUACACUAAUUUGAUCUAAAUGAUAAAGCUUUUGUAACCCUUUGAUGUAUAUUGUAUUCAUUUAGUUCAAUAAUGUCGUUUCUGGUUUUACUGCGCUUCACGUUAUAAAUUAAUAAAAGAAAAUGCCUGGUUAGGCUCCUCUUA